CGUUGAAAAAAAAAAUCAGUGGGCCAAAUUUGAGUUUUAAUUGAUUAGACAUUUUUUGGGCUCAAUUGGAUUGAAUUGGUUUGGGUCGUACUUUCUUGUGGGUGGAUAUUCGGCUGAUUUGUUUUGACUAAUUUAAUUGGUGUGGUGGGCCUAAUUUUCUGACGGAAAAAUACCAAGAUCUGAAAUUAGUUUUACCGGGUAUCUCGUCUAGUCGUUUGAGAUAGCAGAAGAUGGAAUGUUCCGAAUUGAGAAGUUCGAUGGUACAGAUUUCAGUUGGUGGAAGAUGCAAAUUAAAGAUUUGCUGGUUCAGAAAGAUUUGGACGUGGUUUUGGGUGACAAGCCAGAAAAAAUGUCGGAUGCAGAUUGGGCAAGUUUGGAUCGGAAAGCUAUGUCCGUGAUCCGUCUCUCGUUGACCAAGAAUGUUGCGUUCAACAUUCUGAAGGAGAAGACAGCGAAGGGAAUUAUGGACACGCUGUCUAACAUGUACGAGAAGCCAUCUGCAGCGAACAAAGUUUUUCUGAUAAGAGAGCUGGUGAACACAAGGAUGAAAGAAGACACUUCAGUUACCGAGCAUAUCAACAAGUUGAAUUCGAUAUUAGCCAGACUUUUGUCAGUGGGCAUUAAGUUCGAUGAUGAAGUUCAAGCUUUGCUACUGCUAUCGUCUUUGCCUGAUAGUUGGUCCGGAACGGUUACAGCGGUUACCGGUUCAGUGGGGCCUGAUGGAUUCACCUUUGAUCAGAUUCGAGAUCUCGUUCUUGGCGAGGAUGUCAGAAGAAAGAGUUCAGGGGAGUCAUCUGGUGAAUUAAUUCAUGCUGGUAGAGGCAGAAGAAAUAGCAGAGGUAGUGGGAGCAAGAACAGACAAAGGAGUCAGUCGAAGACUCGUGACAGCUCAGGUGUAACGUGCUGGAAAUGCAAGGAGGUGGGGCAUUUUAGGAAUCAAUGUCCGAAUGAUAAGAAAGUAAACAUUGCUCAAGGCUCUACGAGUGACGAGGAGGUCGCUCUGACUUGCUGUGAGGAAAGCAAUGUGGAUUCCUGGGUCAUGGAUUCUGGUGCUUCAUUUCAUGCCACCCACAGCGGUGAAGCAUUGCAGAAUCUGAUUAUUAGAGACUUUGGAAAGGUACGACUAGCGGACAACAGAGCUCUUGAUGUGACGGGCAUGGGUGACAUAGUGCUGAAGACCCCAGUCGGUUUUUGGACUUUGAAGGAUGUCAAAGUUGUUCUAGCCUUGAAGAAAAGUUUGAGUUCUGUCAGGCAGUUGGACGAACAGGGACACGAGGUGAAGUUCAGAGAUGGGCAGUGGAAGGUUGUGAAGGGAAAUCUUGUCAUGGCUCGUGGAAAGAAGAGAGGUUCGCUGUAUAUGGUCGAGUUACCAUCUGAGGGAGUGACCGUCCCAGUUCAGAAGAGAAACAAAGUCCGGUUCACAGAGUCUCAUGGGCAGAAUAAGGUUGUCUGUGCAAGAGAGAAACCUAGAGCCACUGGUCAGACUCAGGAUGAACGAGCGUGGAAAGGUUCAAGGGGGCCAGUCAGAGGUAUUUAUGGCAGUGGGAGCUCAAGAGGCGCUUCAGCCAAGUUGCCUAGAAGACAGUGGGUCAGGAGAACCAGUAUUCCAGUUGUUGGAACAUCUCCAGAAAAUUUCUUGCCGAGUAUGGAGAGUGUUUGUUCUCAGGAUGUUCAAGGAUCCGGCAUUGUGCGUCUGCAGUGGGAGCCGGUAGGGACCGAGGACGAGUCAGGGGCAGAUUUUGCCGUGACUGAUGUGUUGGAGCUUGGAAGAGCUUCAACGGGGACUGGCGACCCGACGCGCGACCCCGAUGUGGACAGAGGCAACCACCAACAGCGGUCCAGCUCUGGCAGCGUCAUCCUUCUGCGAAGGUGCCUAAUUCCGACAACGGAGAGCCUUCAGCAGCCUCCAGCAACGACGACGGACGGUGAGGCUACCAUAUCUCCGACGUACUCCAGCGACGAACGGAAGACGCAGACCAGACCAAAGGAAGUUGCUGACUUCAGAUUGAAAAUGGGCAGUGAAAUGACAAUUAUACCCCUGGUCCUUCUCUUCCUCAAUUUUUAGCUUGUGUCCUUGUUAGUCAAUUUACUCUUACUUUCUCCUACUCUAUAUAUACUCCCCUAGCUCCAAUUUGUAAGGGGAGCUCCCCCAUUUACACCUUCAUAUUCUUAGACUAGGGUUUUCUUCAUCAUUCCAUUUUAGUUUGGGAGCUCCAACUUUAGAUAUUAUCUCUUUAAUAGGGAGUAUUAUUUAGUUGUCUCUUAGUAUUGAUUUUUAUUUCUUCAUUUCGUUUAUAUCUUUACCUUAUUUCUUACUCUUUUAUCAUUAUGCAUUUCUUAGUUUAAGCAUGCUAGACUAGAUUUUC